AUGGCAUCUUUUGGCGGUUCCAUCCUUCGCGUUCUCGUAGUCGGAGCUGGCGGGGUCGGAACAAUGGCAUGUGUUGCCCUUGAAAGGUCUGGGCGAGCGAGAGUUACUGCAGUACUCCGGUCAAACUAUAACCGUGUCAAGGAGCAUGGCUUCACGAUUGAUUCGGUUGAUCAUGGAAAUUUGACAUCAUGGCGACCCAGUGAAAUUGUAAAUUCGGUCCCCAAAGCUGAACCGUCUCAGCCAUUCGACUAUGUCAUUGUUACAAUGAAAACUAUCCCAGAACUAUGCAGCAUUCCAGAAAUUAUCCAGCCAGCUGUAACGCCAGGACAUACCAGUAUCGUCCUGAUCCAAAACGGAAUAUACAUUGAGGAAGACUUUAUCAAAGCAUUCCCAACCUGCGUCCUGCUCUCUGGUGCUAGUUACAUCGGUGCUCACCAGCGAGAUGGACAUGUAAGCCACAACGACCACGACUGUAUGGACCUGGGAGCCUUUCGCAAUCCAUCUCUGGAUGCCUCACUCGAGAAAGCAAAACUCGACGAAUUCGCCACGGCAUACACCACUAGCAAUGUCGUCGAAGUCAGAAAAGUAGAUGACAUUGUGUUUUACCGAUGGCGGAAGUUAUUGUGGAAUGCCACGUUCAAUCCCAUGUGUGCCAUUACGCAGCUAGACAGCGCAGCAAUUAGGCAAUUUGGCGGUGACUACAGCUUAAUUCGGCCUGCUAUGGCAGAAGUCGUAGCCAUUGCAAAGGCUGAUGGUUAUGAUCUUGGUAAAGGCGUUAUUGAUGACAUGAUUGAGACAGCUCCGAUUGAACUUUCGUUCCGGCCCAGCAUGUUGGUUGAUGUGGAUAAGGGAAAUCCGGUCGAGGCGGAAGCAAUACUGGGUAAUGCUUUACGGGUCGCGAGAGUUAGAGGGGUUCCAACUCCAAUACUAGACAACAUUUAUCGUUUCCUCAGGCUAAUACAAGCUCGUCUUCUGGCUUCACGGGGGUUGAUAAAGGCCCCCAAGGAAUUGCCUAAGAAUGAUUUUAUUUAG